CAUUUAGUUACCUCUUUACUUACAAGAAAAAUACCUAUAAAUAGUAAAUACCACUGCAGUUUGUUUCGUUUGCAAAAGUGGCGAUUUUUUUAAUCUCAGAAAAAUGAAAUUUGUACAAUUUUGUGCAAGUUCAUAAUAUUAAUAAAUAAUUUAUUAAAAAAUUGUCUUCCUUUGGGCUUCUACGCACUCACGGUGGUGGCCUACGUGACGUCGCGCUCGCCUCUCCACUUGUCGCAUUAUUUCUGGUGGGGAGUGCAAAAUAGUGAAUGUGUUAAAUUUUUCCAUUUUUUGCAAUUGUGCCUCUGAUAAGUAAAUGUUUAUCAGUUCGGAGAUUCCUAUCGAACUGCAUAAACCCUUAUCACAGGCCAGUUUCGCUGCUUGUAUGCGCCUCGCCGAGCCCGUAAAAUGGAUGGUGAUAAGAAACCAUGGGACCCCAGCCAGUUGAGAAAGUACGACUUGAACCUAGAGGAAAUCCCGAGACUUCACUACAAAGACCCAAAAAUCGACGAAUACAUCAAGGAAAAUAAGCCGGUGGUUAUAACCGAAUCGAAUAUCGUUAAGCCCGCGGUGCAGCGGUGGAGUUUGGAGUAUCUGGAGCGGAACUUGGGGCACUCGGGGCACACGGUUUUCGUGUCCCGAAACCACAAAUUCAAGUAUUACGAUGAGAAAAAAAUAUAUAAUAGGGUUAGCAACACCAAGGGGGUCGAGUUCACGCCCCCGACUAGGAAGGUGGAGAUGAGAAUUGAAGACUUUAUGAAGAGGGUGAAGGAGUGGAAAAAGGGGGACGAAAGAAUCUACUUGCAACAAUCAUUAACAACAACCGUCGGUAAUAACAUAGUCGAGGAUUUCGUGAAAUUUGACUGGGAUUACGUUAACGGCAAACAAACCAAGCACAACUGGGGACCACUAACAUCAAAUUUAUUGUUUAUCGCAAUGGAGGGCAACCAAACACCUUGCCAUUACGACGAGCAAGAGAAUUUUUUCGCGCAAGUGCAGGGCUACAAACGGUGCAUUUUAUUCCCACCGAGUCAAUUUGAAUGCUUAUACCCAUACCCAGUACAUCACCCGCACGAUAGGCAAAGUAUGGUUGAUUUCGAGCGUCCCGACUAUAACAAGUUCCCCAAAUUUAAAAACGUCAAGGGCUGGGAGGCUGUCGUAGGUCCUGGGGAUGUUCUGUAUAUACCUAUUUACUGGUGGCAUCAUAUUGAGUCGUUAUUGAGGGGAGGGCCAACGGUUACUGUUAAUUUUUGGUACAAGGGUGGGCCAAGUACGUUAGAAUAUCCGCUAAAAGACCAUCAAAAAGUUUCAAUCACUAGAAACGUCGAAAAAAUGUUGUUAGAAGUGUUACAAGACCCGAAAGAAGUCGGACCAUUACUUAGAUCGAUGGUGCUUGGUAGGUAUACUGAAUGA